CGGAGGCCGUGGGAGGGGCUGCAGGGGUUUUUCAUCGAGGGCAAGUUGACACAUCUGGCAGGCAGAUAUUCAGGGCUUUGGGCACAUACCAUUUAAUUCCACGCCAUACUUCACCUAUGUCUGCCGUCGUUGCGAUGACAAAGUCCCCAGGAGAGAUGAUGCAUUCCUUCAUCUAACAUCACACUACCCUCCAAAAGAGAAAAACCCGCAGCACAGAAUGCAGCGCUGCAUAGUGCACCAGCUGGCUCGCUUGCACAGCUUUCACGGAUCCUCACCACCUCUGAGGCGGCUGAAUGGCAUGAGCCUGGCUCGCGCGGUACGGACGGCGGCGACGCUACUGGCACGGCAGCGGGGCCGCGGCCCGAGCGCAGGCUGGCUGCGGCCCAUGUCGGACCGGUGGCGGACGCGCUGCGGCCUGGCGCUGGCCGCCUCCUGGUUCAGCAUUCUCACCGUGCAGUCCGAGUGCGACAACGUCGACUUCGAGACGCUGGUGAAGAACAAGCUGCUGAACCCCGAGGAGGAGCAGACCGGCUGGGACAGGCUGGCCGCUAUGUACACGCUCGACGAGAUGGGCGGCCUGACGCCGGAGCUGGAGCUGGUCGCCAGCAUCGGCACCACCGGGUUGCUGGCCGGCGGCGCCAUGGGAGCUGUGCUGAACGGCCGGCUCGCCGUCGCCAAGUUCAUCGACCGCAACCAGGCCACCGCGUUUGAGACGCAGCUGUCGGCCAAGAGGGCGCUCCAGGACCGGAUCAUGAUCGCCAUGUCCCGCGGCUUCUUCAUGUUCGGCUGGCGGACGGCGCUGUUCACGUCUUCGUUCGGCUUGGUAUCCACCAGCCUGAUGGUGUACACCAACGAGAUUUCGGCGCUGCACUACGUUGCUGCGGGCUUCACGUCCGGCGCCCUCUACAAGGUCACCAUGGGCCUGCGCGGCAUGGCCGCCGGCGCCGUAGCAGGUUCUCUUCUGGGUCUGCUGGGCGGUGGAGUGAUCUCCCUGCUCUGUUACGUGACCAAUACCACCCUGCCGAAACUGCGCUACCAGCAGUACGUUUGGAAGCACCAGCAGGAUCUUCGCAUGCAGGCCCGGGCCGAACGGAAGCGGGAGAAGAGGCGACUCGCCGCCGAAAAGAAAGCCGAGCAUGCCAAAGAGGACAUCGUGAACACGCAGCUGGAUGGCGCGGGCGCGCUGCGUGGCUCGGUGCAGGCGGCGGACGCUGUCGCCGCCGAGGGCCCGGCCGCGGUGACGGCCGGCGCGAGCCGGACAGAGGCUCCUGCGGGUCAGGAGCGUUGCUCCGGCGCGGUCGACGGCCCGAGCUCGGCGAGCUCGGCGGGUGUUGGGGAGGCGCCGGCGCCGGCUGCUUCGCCGACUUAGGCCACAUGCGCGAGGGAUGCGCGCUCACUGUUGUUAUUUGUCGUCGGCUCGUUAGGGAUGAGUCAUCUGCGUCGGUGGAAUAUAUAUUGGCGUGUGGUGCACAA